AUGGCUGAGCGCGAAAGGGUCAAGAUUGUCUCUUUACGGAAUAAUCCAGAUCUACUUGAAGAAACUGCUAACUUCUUGAAUAAGGAAUGGCCAUUAAGCCUUACUGCGAGGUAAGAUAAUGUAUACAGAUCAAUCGAGCAUAAACCCCCAGCCUGGGAGAGCAAUGGUUAUCGACCAAAAGGAUCAGAGCAAAAAUCAUAGACAAGUGGUGAUGAGACAAAUUUUCAUUUGUUGCGCUUUUUUGAACCAUUCAUGCCCAGCCCCUGCCGCCCCACAUACAUUUUAAACCCAUAUAUUCAUUAUAUUUCCUAAGUUUCAAGAUUUAUCAAGGCUGUUCUCUAAGAACGUGAUUGAAGGGAGCUCAUAAUAAUCAGUGUUUUGAACCUGUGAAAUCCAGGAUGCCAAGUAUGUACCCUGGGUGCCAGAGGGUUUCUCCUGUUGUUUUCGGCGAAAAUUGAGCGGUUGUGACGAGCCAGGGAAAAAAAAUUUUCCCCCUCGUCAUGAUAAAAAAAACCCUCUGGCACCCAGGGUACCAAGUAUGCUGAUUUGUUUGAAAAGAGUACGAUUUUCCAGGGACACCCAACGAGAAUAUAGUUCAAAACCACUUAAACAUAGCAUUGUUAAACGUAUUUUAGUAUUUAGACGGUAGAUAUAGGCAUAUUUUUAUCCCCUAAAAAUUUUUCAUCUGUUGGGAUUUCCUAGCCGAAAGUCUAGUGAUCUGAAAAUUAUAGGGAUCAAAACUUACCUUUUCGCAAAUAUCAGCCAGAAAGAAGGUUCCCGAGAAUUUUAGGUGACCUUCUGAGGGUAAAAAUCCAUUAAAAAUGGGCAAUUAUACCAGUUUAUAGAUGUUUGAAAAUCCUAGGAGAGGCAGGUAAGCAAGAAAUUUGCACAAACAAACACAUGUUCUGAAAAUUCUAGACCUCAAAUGGUCUUCCGAGCAGAUAUUUUCCGAAAAUUGACGUUGGGUGCCCCUGAUUUUCUGGUCACCUGGGAGCAAAAGUUAGGUGCCAGGCCGGGGCCACCGGGCACUGCUAAAGCACAGCCUUGUUUAUAGGGUGGAAAAAGGAAAACUGCAAGACAUACAAUAUUGCAAAAAGACAGGCACUUUUAGAAAUGCCAUCAAGGCAACAGGAAUGACUGCCAGUUUCGUUGUUUGUGGACAAUCCCGAAAAGGUGCUCUUUCCCCGAAACCCAUGAGACUAGGAGGGAAAAGAUAAAAAAUCAUGAGACUCACACCAAAGUUGUGAUAAUCGGCAAGUCUGUGACAAUUUCAUACAAAUCACUGCAUAUUUGUCAUCACACAACUCUUGUUUGUGCUUUUGUUUACAGGAAUGUAGGAAAGGCCUAUUUCAAGUUAAUUCAAAUAUCAUUUAUUUGAAAACCAAUUUGUAAUUUUAAAAUGUUAUUUCAGGCUUCAUUAUUUGACUGAAAACAAAGAGGAUUUUCCUUGCUCACUCAUUCUCCUUCAAACAGCAGAUCAGCAAAAUCUCUCCAGAGUCAUCGGCCAUAGCAGACUUAACAAGGUUCUUGGAAAGCCAACUUCUGUUUUCUUAUCAUGUGGUGAGUGUAUUUUAUUGAUUUUUUUUCAGCUGGUACCUUGAUAAUAAGGUAAUUCUGUUUUAUCUAUUGUGAGCUCAAUUUGUGAAGAACUUUUAAGAUUGUGAAACCUGAUUGUAACGGUAAACAGUAUAUUUUGUCACACCAGAUAAAAUGCCAGCUUUAAUUUUAUUACAAAUUCAUAGAAUUACAUUGUUGGGUACAAGGUAGAUUUCCAGCUAAUGAAAGCCAUAAACUCAAAGGAAAUCCCUUAAAGUACAGAACAAAACUUAAGUUUUUAACCAGGAGGGGUCUGCAGCAGGGGUUGGGCACUUGCCAUAAAUUAUAUGCACCACCAUCAGACAUCAUUUAAUCAAUGAUCUGCACUAAUUAUCAACCAUAGCUCUCAACCAAUUAGUAUACAAGAAAUUGUUCAUUUUUGGGAAAUUAGCAUUGGAAACAUCAUGCAGAGUCUCUGGUCAUGAGCUUCAUACAUGUACAAAAAAAUUAUUUGCUGCAUUUUUAUUAGAUUUCUUUGCUGGAUGAUGUGUUUGCAUAAGUAACUCCAGACAAUUCUAAUCUUUUUGCACUCCAUCACAAGGUCUGUAUUAAUAAUGUUUUUUCUUCCAGUACUGAUUGAAAAGGCCAAAAGAGGACAUGGCUUUGGAAAAAAGCUCAUGGAGUUCACAGAAGCACAUGCAUCACAGUAAGUUUUUCUGAUUUUUUUAACCCUUUAAGCCCUAAUAUAAGGAUGCAUAUUCUCCACACCGUCUUCUUUUUGUUUUCUGUGGUACUGAUAAAGAGAAUUUGUUUCACGCCCAAGACUGUUUUCACUUGUCCAUCAUUCCAUUUUUUCUCAUGGCCCAUAUACUUAUCUACCAGUGCAACUAUAUAUUAAGAAAACCAAUGUGGCAAAGUGAGACAAGUCCCAACCAGGGAAUUCCCAACUAAGUUCCCAGAUUGGGACUUGUUGGCACUCUUCCAAAUUUGGGAUUUUUGUGGGUAUUCAUUAACCUAAAAUAUCCAAAAAUGGGAAUCCGUUAUUUUUUCCUGUGAAUAGCAGUAAAUUAAAAGGGAUGAUUAGAAUGACAAAUGUCAUACAUCCGAAACUUUCCGUACUGUAAUAUUAUCUUUAUCCAGGGUAGCCUGCUCCAAGUAUUCAGAUGGUGAAGUGAGGCGCGAAGUCAGAGAGUGAGAAAAAAACGACGCGGGAGAGAUGGAGAGGGCUCACCCAUCACCCCCUACCUAACUCCUCUCUCUUUUUCGCGCUCACUUCCUUUUGCACCUUCCCUACAAUUUGAAUGCCUAGAACAGGUUGUCAUCAGAGCAAAAUGUGAAGAUCAUUGUGUAGAAGACAUAAUUUUGUUGAGAUAGGGGCUUUAUAAUAAUUAUUAUUAAUCUUCCUGGGGACACUUAAUCAUUUUCCCGGAGAGUCUGAACAGCGUUUUUACAACUUCAAAACCUAAAAAUCCCUCAAGGCAGUUUGAUCUUAACCAGAUAAGAAGCACUUUUGACAGAACAGAUCAAACAGAAGCUUACUAUAGAAUAGAAAAAGGAGGACAUACAAUGCACUAUUAUUUGUCAUAAUAAUGCCUCCCCUUUUGUGCUAAAAUAGACACAGUUUAACUAUUCCCUUCAAGAAACAAUGUUUAUUCCUACAUUUGAAUUUACUUUGUAGGUUAGGUUGUACAGCCAUCUAUCUGUCCACAACCAACAAGUGUAAAUUUUAUGAACAUCUUGGUUAUCAAUUCUGUUCUCAAGUUUCUCCGGUGAAAACCAGUUCAAGUGUUUUUACUUCCUCCCAGGUGAGUCUUAGCUGGUUAAUGCAUUCUUAACAGUCUGAUCAUGCUGUGUUUAACAUUAUAUAUAGAAAUAACAGAUUUCCAUUUUUGGAUAUUUUAGGGUAUUUAAAGAAUACCCACAAAAAUCCCAAAUUUGGAAGAGUGAGACAAGUCCCAACCAGGGAACUUGGUUGGGAAUUCCCUGGUUGGGACUUGUCUCACUUUGCCAAAUUUGGGAUUUUUAUGGGUAUUCUUAAAAUACCCUAAAAUAUCCAAUAAUGGGAAUCUAUUAUUUUUUCCCUCUAAUAGUUCACCAACAGGUAUAAACUGUUUCAGAGCUGGGCUCAUAAAAAAAAUCAGUAAUAUCGAACGUAAUUGAUCAAUGUUUGAUUUUUUGAAUGAGACUAAAAUAUCUUGGAAGAUUUCAUUCUUCAAUUUGAAUCUCGGAUUUUUACUAUAACCAGUGUCUUUUUCCAAUUGAUGAAAGUCAUUACUAAAAUUAAUAGUAAUCUAUGGGGUGGAUCCAAGGAUUCAUUGUAAGGCAAUUUGAUAAGUAACUGUCAAGAGCAGCUGAAUCUGAGGGUGGUGGACUAAACAGUGCCCCCUGGUCCAUGAAAUACACCCACAGACCACCCAUAAGGACUACCCUAAGAUGGACCACGCCGCUGAAGUUUAGUGAGUAGGGUUAGGAAACUGAGUGAACCAAGUUUCGGGUUUGUUUUUUUGGGGGUGGAGGGAAUCAACUCAGCAUUAGGCUAUUAUUCUUAAAAAUAUGUAUGAACUCGGUUUUCACAUAAAUAUUUAGCAAUUAUUGAAUGAGGCUGAGUAGGAUAUGAAGGAUUCUGUAGAUUGAGGAUGGUCAACUGUAGCUGGUUAUGGUGAAUUAUAUGUGUGAUUUUAACCAAUCAGAAAUGCGGAAAUAUUUUGAAUGAAUAAUAAAAUUAUUUAUUGAACAUUGCAGCUUGCUAUAUUACAAGGCCAGUCUGAAGAACAGAAGCCAAAACAGCAACAGGACAAUGAAAGUAACAGCGACAAUUACAAGAUCAAAAAUUUUAGAGAGAAAAACAAUCACCUCCUUGAUGAUCAUCAAAGUAGACAAAAAAUAAGUAAUCCUUGCCACUGUGGAGUAAACUCUAUUGUUAAUCACUCAAAUAAACACCAGAACAUUUGUCAUGAUGAUGGCAUAUCAUUAUCAUCAGCACUGCUGGAAGAAACAGUCAGUCCAUCAGCACUGCCACUACCGCCUCCACCCCCUCCUCCUACUCCACCAAUCCCCCAUCAUUUACUUCACACUCCCUCACAGCAAAGGACUGUUCUUGCAGUAUCUCUUUGGAUGAUGAAAGAAAUAUGAUAAUUUUAGGGG